AUGGACACGAGUAAUCGGGAAAUUUACAGAAAAGUCCUUCGGUCGGAUCCCCCCGGCCGCCGACGGCCAGAGAUAGAGGGAAAGGCCGCCAAGUCAGCAGCACGUGCCAACAUUCCCCCACCCGCGGCGCGUCCCAAUUGCCGUCCGUUCUGGUGUCCCGCGGGAGAAGAGAACAGGGGGCCGACUGUCCUCUAGCCCUUGUUACGGGCACUGGGGAGACGGGGGAUCACUAAUUAAUCAGCCUCAAGCUUGGCUUAACGUGAAUCCCCUCUUAUGCUUUUGGUGAGAUUCUCAUCAUGCAUAAGGGCGGAGGAUCUUUAGCUUCUCUCUCUCUCUCUCUCUUCCUUAGUGCAGAAGACCCAGAGUCCUAGAAGAAGCCAUCUCCCCACGGGGAUGGGGCGGAGGUGGGCAGCUUUACAGGUUCGCUUUACUCAGCUUCCACGGAUGGAUGGGGAAGACCUCUCUGGAGCUCUCUGUAAUCUCCAGUAUUAAAAAAACGUAGAACAGAAUAACCAGAGCCCCUCUCUCCCUCUCUCUCUCUCUCUCUCUCUCUCUCUCUCUCUCUCCGGGUGUCGCAACGGGGUCGUCUUGAAAUGAAGAGAGGAAUUGAACCGUAG